AGAACACAGAGAGAGAGAGAGAGAGAGAGAGAGAGAGAGAGAGAGGUGUUUAACUCAAAUCUCCCGUGUCUUUUACGGUCAGUAUCAAUCAUAAUCGGUGACGCGACUUUUCGCCGGAGAAUUAGUCAGAGAGACGGCGAACGCGGAGGAAGACGAAGAGCGUGGAGAGAGUCUUCCUCUCUCGACCAUGAGGAAUCCUGUCCUUCCUGUUUCCGAUCCUCCUCUCGCCGGAGAGAAUGAUACCUCCGACGGCAAAGGCGUCGACGAUCGGCUUUUCAAAGGAUCCGCCAUGACCAAACGUGGCGCUUACGCUGCUCUCUCUUACAUGGCCUGCGCUGUGAUGCUUGUUCUGUUCAAUAAAGCGGCUCUCUCUUCGUAUCACUUCCCUUGUGUUAAUGUUAUCACACUCUUUCAGAUGGUGUCUUCUACCUUCUUUCUAUACUCAUUGAGGCGCAAGAAGAUCAUCUCUUUCAUAGCGGCUGAUUCCUUUUCAGGUUCUGGUAGUACCUCAGCUUUUGUGCCGUUGAAGACAUUGUUUCACACGCUUCCUCUCUCAAUAGCAUAUCUUAUGUACAUGCUAGCUUCUAUGGCGUCUGUUAGAGGGGUGAAUGUUCCCAUGUACACCACGCUUAGGCGUACCACGGUGGCCUUUACCAUGGUGAUUGAGUAUAUGCUCACAGGUCAGAGAUAUACUCAGUCUAUCAUCGGAAGUGUCGGCGUUAUCAUCUUUGGCGCAUUUUUCGCUGGAGCUAGGGACUUGUCAUUCGACUUUUAUGGAUAUGGUGUUGUUUUCUUAGCCAACAUAACAACAGCUGUAUAUCUAGCAACCAUCGCCCGGAUUGGGAAAUCAAGUGGCUUGAAUAGCUUUGGCCUUAUGUGGUGCAAUGGUAUUAUAUGUGGACCUAUAUUGAUGAUUUGGACAUCUAUGAGCGGUGACUUGGAGAAGACAAUUAGCUUUCCUUACCUCUUUUCUCCCGGUUUCAUGGCUGUGUUACUCUGCUCGUGCGUGUUGGCUUUCUUCUUAAACUACAGCAUUUUUCUUAACACCACUCUCAACUCCGCUCUCACCCAGACAAUUUGUGGAAAUAUGAAGGAUUUAUUUACGGUUGGACUAGGCUGGAUGGUGUUUGGUGGACUCCCAUUCGACUUGAUGAAUGUGAUUGGACAGCUUCUUGGUUUCUUAGGCUCUGGUUUAUAUGCAUAUUAUAAGAUCAUUGGGAAGUAGGAACAAAGAAGAGCUAAUAAAAUAACAGGAGUGGCCAUCAUAAAGGCUCGAUGAGAAAGAAACUAAGGGAAGCCUUAGAGUUCGAAGAGAAGUUGAUGAUAACCAGUGAUGUUCCAACUUUGGUUUUUGCAGGUGAAGUAGACUAGUAUUAAUUAAAUAAUAAUGCGAUGCCUCAUUUUUCGAACUUGUGUUACUCAAUCAAGAAGGGCCAACUUUUUUUCA